UUUCAGAAUGAUUCUACUUGCUUUUCUAAUGUUCAUACCUGGUGUGGAGACAAAAGAAAGUCCAGUGAAAUGUGAAUAUUCUGAUGAGAAGAAAGUUAGCGAGUGUCUACAGCCAAUGCUUGACUACGCUACAAAACUUCAAGCGGAGACCGGAGCUAUGCAGUUUCCACUUCAAGGUGGCCAAGUUUUCAACCAACUUUGCUCUAUCUACACCGAUUUCAAGGAUUGUGUGUCACCAGUGAAAUGUGAUUCCUUGUCAAUUGAUGCUGUUCAUGCUUCAUACAGUUACAUGUGUGGUUCUGGUCAACCAUUAUUUCAGAAACAUGCCGGAUGUUUUGCAGAGGUCGAAGCCCAAAAAGAGUAUAUCAGCUGUAAGAUAGCAGCCACUCAAGCAAUUUCUGAAGCACAAGGAGCAAAAGGAUCAUCAACAGAAGCGUAUUUGACUGAAAUGUGUCGAGCGAUGGAUGGAUAUUUGAGAUGUUCUCAUCCAAUUAUUUUGGCAAAGUGUGGUUCCGAUGCAUGGACAUUAGUUUCUACUGUGACACGUGACAGUCUUGGUGUGACAAUGCCCAAUUGUGACAUGCAUUCUGCAUUAUUCUAAUCUCUACAACGAGUAGUUCAUUUUUUCUUCUCAACUUUCUGUAUACUGGUUCUGGUUCACACACUUUUUCUGGCAUUGCAAUUUGUUUUUACUUACUUUAAUUUAUUUAAAUCUUGUGAAAUUUGAGGCGCAAUAAAUAAAUAUUCGUAAUGUUAA